GUUAUUAGCAAGUGGAGGCCUGGACAAAUUAUGCUUAAAUGCACUUUCCCCCAGAUGGAGAAAGAAAGCUAGGGCACAGAGCGCAUAAUUUCCUCGCUGUUUCACCUAGAAAAACUUGUCUCUUGUCAUUAGAGCUCCAGGACCUGAGCUGGCCGAGGGCUCGCUGGCCUAUCAGAAAAUUAUUUGAGUGCGUGAACUGGCCAAUGAGGAGUGUGUUUCUUAGGUGCAGAAAGCUGCCUGCAGGUCUGUUAGUUUCCUCGCCUCAGGCAUGUAUGUGUUCUUUGUAAGUAGAUAUUAGAUCCCAUGCAUGUAUGUGUUCUUUAUAAGCAGAUCUUAGAUCCAAGGCCUAGAAAUCAAAGUCGCCUUCACUGACAGCAGGAGCGGCAGGGGGACACCAGGACACUCAGUGGCUGGAAAUGGAGUCAGUGAGCUUUGAGGAUGUGGUUGUGAAGUUCACCAAGGAGGAGUGGGCUCUGCUGGAUCCAUCCCAGAAGAAGCUGUACAAAGAUGUGAUGCAGGAAACCUUGAGGAACCUGGCUGCUAUAGGAAAGAAGUCAGGCAAACAGAAGGUUUUAAAUGAAUACGAAAAUCUCUGGAGAAAACUAAGCCAAUUGGUAGAGAAAUUCUGUGAGUAUAAAGAAAGUCGUCAGUAUGCAAAAAUCUUCAGCUGUAUUCCAAAGCAUUCUAUGAACCUGAAAUCUUGUCCAGGACUUACCACAUGUGAUAAACAUGUGUGUGGAGAAGGAAGCAUUGGCCAGUCAUCUCUAGGUGCACCCCUGAACCAUCAAACAGGACCCAAACCUCAUGAAGACCAGGAAAAUGGACGGAAGUUGUAUAAACAUAAGGAGUUUGGGGGCAGCUCCCGUUCUCUGACCCUUCAGAUGCAUAAAAGUGCUCACACUGGAAAGAAACCUAAAAAUAAGGACUACAAUCGCCAAUCUGGUCAAAGGAAUGAAGAGCAUGACCAUGCAAAAAAAUCUUACAUUUGCAAGCAAUGUGGGAAAGACUUCACCCAUCCCAGUCUUUUACGAAGUCACGAAAAAAUUCACAGUGCUAAGAAGCCCUAUGUGUGUGAACUGUGUGGGAAAGGCUUUGCUCGGUUAGGUAACCUUUCAAGACAUAAGAUGAAUCCGAAUUGUGAGAAGGCUUUUCUGUGCAAUCAUUGUGGGAAAACGUUUUCUCGUUCUGCUUGCCUUCGAAGACAUGCAAGAAUUCACAGUGGUGAGAAACCCUAUGAGUGUGAACAGUGUGGGAAAACUUUUCUUCAUUCUGUUUACUUUCAAAUUCAUAGAAGGAGUCACACUGGAGAGAAACCCUAUGUAUGUAAGCAAUGUGGGAAAGCCUUCACUGCUUCUCGUUACCUUCAUAUACAUGAACAAAAUCAUACUGGGGAAAAACGUUAUGUAUGUAAGCAGUGUGGGAGUGCCUUCUCAUUCUGGAAUCAAUUUCAAAAACAUAAAGUAACUCACAGUGGUGUGAAUCCCUAUGUUUGUAAGCAAUGUGGCAAAAACUUCACUUGUUCCGGUACUCUAAAAACACAUGAAAGAAUUCACACUGGUGAGAAGCCCUAUGAGUGUAAACACUGUGGGAAAACUUUUGCUCAUUUUGGUAACCAUAAAAGACAUGAAAAAAUUCACACUUCAUAGAGAACCUAUGUAUGGAAGCCAUGUGGGGAAACUUUCAAUUCCAGAAUAGAAUGCAUACUGGAGAGAAAAACCUACAAGUGUGAGCAGUGUGUGAAGGCUUUUGCUUGUUCUUCCUCCAUUUUGGAGCCAUGAAACGAAUCACUAUGGAGAGAAACCCUACGUGUGUUUGCAAUGUGGGAAAACUUUCAGCUCUGACAAUUCUCUUUGAAAACAGAAAAUAACUCUUACUGUAGAAAAAUCCUAUGAAUGUAAGCAAUGUGGGAAAGCCUAUAGUCAUUUAUUUGAGGCUCAAGUAUGUGAAGGAAUCCACAGCAGCAACAGACCCUAUGAAUGUAAGACAUUUGGGAGAGGCUAUUUGAAGAUAUCUCAUUUGACAUUAAUUCAUAGUAGAACUAAUAAGGGUGUUUGUAAGUAACGUGAAAAUGCCUCCUCUUUGUUAGGUCUCACAGAAAUCAAACCACAGAAGACUGAAACAGCUUAUGCUAGUAUUGUGGGGGAAUGUCAAAGAAGUCUUAAUAGAGAGAAGUUAUUCUUCUGAAUCAAUGUAGCUGUUAGUACUAGAAGAUCCCUUCAAAUACAUGGAAGCAGACACAGGACAAAAGCCUUUUGGAGAAAAGCUGCAAGUAACAUGAUAAAGUCGUCUGUAUUCUUGUCAUUGUGGAGAAGAUAUGAAAUAGCUCACACUGGAGAGAAACCUUAUGCACACAAUGCAAAAGACAUUAUAGUAGUCAUUUUGGAGAUAAACCCUUCAUUUAUAAGGAAUCUUAGAAAUCUUUGUCAUCCCAAGUUCUUUUAUAAACAUGAAAGGACUCACCAAGGGUAGCCUAAUUUGUGGCGUCUCCAUUUUCACAUUGGUAGCACUUUAAAGAAUGUAUUGAAAGAACUCCUGACAUUGGAAAGUAUGUGGGAACAUUUCUUGGUUCAACUCAAAAAUUAAGAAAUAGCAACGUUUGGGAAACAAAUUUCAUUAAGAGAUAUUUGAUUUUAAUCAGACAAUUUCACCCACUGAGUCUAUGUUCCCUUCCUUCCUUUCUGGGUGUGUUAGUGUGUGUGUGUAUAUAUUUGCUAACUUUUAAAGAUUUAUUUCAUGAGUGGGUAUUUUGCCUGCAUCUUUGUCUGUGCUGCACAUAUGUGCCUGAUGCCUGAUGAGGCCAGAAGAGGGCACUGGACCCCCGGGCUGGAGUUACAGAUAGUUUUGAGCCUCUAUGUUGCAGUGCCAGAAAUUAAGCCCAGGUCUUCUAAGCUUCAGCCUGUGCUCCUUACCACUGCGCCAUCUCUCCAGCUCCACCUCCUGCCUCUUUGAAGCAGGCUCUAGCUUAGAAGCCACUGUUAGCUACCUUGAUACUUAUUAUGUAGCCUCGGCUGGCCUCAAGCUCACUACAGACUUCCUGUCUUCUAUCAUAACAUGGUUAAGUAGUAUUUUGACAGGGAAUAUAAAAUAAUACACAGAAAAACAGUUAUUCUUCACUUGCGCAUUACUCCAUUUUAAGCAAACACCUUUUCUCUUUAUCCUUGUCUAGUCUACUCACGAAAAUAUGUAAAUGUAGUCACCUUUUGCUCCAACCUAAUAUUACAUUUAGAUUUUUAAAUAUUUUACUGAUUUUAUUUUUUAUUGAAAAUAAAUUUUUCAAAAAAAA